GCUUGGUCUUUUGCAUCACAGAACCGACAACCUACCUACUUACUUUGCCUCACCAAAAGGCCGUCAGGUAUACAAUCUUCGAUUUGACUCAGUACAACUUACAUACCGGAUACUGUAUUAAAGCGCAACACCAUUGUCCUUUUUUCAUUGCGCGGACAGGGCAUGCCGCGCGGUGGGAAGCGAGGCGGUGGUGGCGCGCGAGCGCCACCACGCAAUGCCCCUCGAAGUCGUGGCAACGACCGAUCUGCCCCAGAUUCCGUACCUGGAAUAGGUUCUGCUGGGUUCACCCUGCAAGAUGAGGCUCGCAGCACCGCCCAUCGCUCCUCACCGUGGAGCAGUGAUUCGAGACUGCGACAUCGGCCCAUUACCUUUGUAAACACUGGGAGUUCAGAACCGCUUAAGCAAUUAGAGGACAUUUUGCAGAAGGAGGAUGCUGCUGUCCAAUCUGGAGGGACGUCCGAUGUUGCCCCCAUUCUUUCGGAGAGCCAUGACACAUUCCUCGACAAGCUCGACAAGCUCGCUUCUGCGUCUGAUGAAAUCUGCAUACCCGAUGAGACGCUAGUCGACGUUGCCGGUGACUUGGCGAUAUUGCCUGGUCAAGAUUGGUGUUUGAACGCCAAUUUCAAGAGUAUCAAUGAAGAAGACAACACCAAUAGUGUCGAGGCAGAGGUGCCGACGCCACUGCCAUUCUUUCUCGAUACCACAGGAGACAAGCGAUUGCUCGAGAAAGUUCCGACUCAAACCGCCGAACGUUCGCCGUCACCUGUUCCGUCUGACUCGAGUGAGGAGAUCAUCCUUUUCAGAGGUCGUAACAAGGCCCCAAGAGACAAAAGGAGACAGAAACAGCGAAAACAGAAGCAGAAGCUCAAGCAGAGACCUUUCAACCUGGGUGGGAUUCGGACAGAAAUCCAAGCAGUGGAAAACACGGUUAGGUCCAAGGAAAAUGACAAUGUCAGAGGUUCGGAGGAAGACAAGCUGAACUCGACGCGGCAGUUGCAUCAAGGCGUGAGGGCCUCCAGAAACCAAGAGGACGACUUGAUUGCCGACUACAUCGCCAAUAUGCGUGAACAUGGCGAUGUUGAUGGGUUAAUACCUGCACAGGCCUAUUCCCGCCGGGACAUCGGAGGUUCCCUCAGCGAGUCUGAAAGCAUCGAAGAGUCGUUUCAGACCAUCACCGGUCUCGACCAGGCUAAUAUGGUAUCAAGUGACGUCAGCGAACCUGAUAACACGGUAGCGGAAGUAGAUACCACGACCCAGCCGAGCGACGCGGAGAUUACUCAGAAGACCCGGAAGCAUACCGAUAUGUGCAGCUCAACACAAGUUGAUGAUGGGCUCUUAUCCCCGCAAUCGGAGCCAAGCGACCAGGACAUUGGGGAUGGCUUGUUUGCUUCAGCGGCAGACAGAUUCGCGAAUGAGGUUGACGACUUUGACUUCAUGGAUUGGAAUCGUCCAGCGUUGAAGCGAAAGAAAGGCAAAGGGGCUAAAGGCAAGGUUCCCGUAUUCGAUAUUUCCGAUUCGGAGCUUGAGGGUAAGAUGCAGGCGGCGUGGAAGAACGACCGCUUGAAGAAAGCAGAGAGAAAGAAAGAACGCCAAGCUUUGCGCGCUCAAGGUCUCUUGGGUAAACACGCAAACCCGGAAGACUUGCGGACCAAAUACCCACACGGCAUGGGACUGGAUCAGAUUGCCGACGAGCUGAGGACGUUCCUCUUGGGCACACAGCCUAGUCUGACGCUGCCACCUAUGGACAACCAUGCCCGCAAAGUCAUACAUGAGCUCGCCAGCAAGUUCAAUAUCAAAUCUAAAUCAACUGGAUCGGGUGAUCAACGUCGACCUAUGCUUCAUCGCACUUUCAGAACCGCCAAGUUCGCCGACGAGACGUUUGACAUGGCCAUCACUAGGGUUGGGCGUAAGUACUUCCCUCGCAAUGACAUCGCGGUGCGGGCUGCCGUUCAGCGGCAGUCAGCUCGUCGUGGGGGCGGUGGGCAUGCAGGUGUCCUUUACCGAGACGGAGAGGUUGUCGGCGGAUCUGCGCCGGAAUUGGGCCAAGAGAACAAAGGCCGCGCGAUGCUCGAAAAAAUGGGUUGGAGCAGUGGAACUGCGCUCGGUGCGCUCAACAACAAAGGCAUUCUGCAGCCCGUCGCCCAUGUCGUUAAACGUAGCAAGGCCGGACUUGGAUAACGGGGCUGUGUUAUCCGCAUUGGAGUUUAGGUAGCCGCCCGUCCGAAUAAUGGAUGCGCCGCAUUAGCAAGCUGCGUGUAUCUAGUCGCCCAAUCACUCGGUUGCUGCAGAUCAAAUGAUCGGUGGGCGUGGAGAC